AAGAUAAAUUGACAACAUUAUAAAUAACUACUUCCCAUUUGAUGUAACAUUCUAGUGCCAAUCCUCUGAUGUAAUGAUUUUUAAACAGACCAUAAUGCUGUAUAAUAAGCAGUGCAAAUUUUCUUUAAUAUUUUUCAUUAUUAAACAAUAAUUAAGGUGUGAUAAAGGACAUACAACAUGUCGCAUCAUUUUGUCACAGUUUGUGUAGUUUGUGUUUUAUGUGCUGCACAUACUCCAUGUUCUGCACACACUGAAUUUUCUGCAGCACGACAAACUACUAAAGAUUCUGUUAGUUCUGAAAAGCUACUAGGCCCUAACGAACAAUUACAACCAUCUUGGUUACUAAUGAAGUUCAAAGAUACACAACAGAAGGAUGUGAGAAAAUUAAAUUUAAAUAAUAUAGGCGCAUAUAAUAAUGGUGCUGUUAAAUUUUCUAAUGUAUUAGAUAAGAAUAAUGGAAACAAAACUCCUACUUUGUUGGUGCCAGUUUCCAUAAGUGAAACCCUUACUAAAGAAAAAAGCUCAGAAAUUGUAAAAGUUAAUGAAAAUAUGCAAGAUAUGCAUAUGCCAAUCAGAAAAGAAGAUUCUACAAUCUUGAAGGACAUAGAAAUACUUGAAAGACUAGGCCAAAUUGAAAUUACACGCAGUGGUGAAUUGAAUGCAGCAAAAUUUAUCAAAGAUCAAAAUCCACUUAAUAGGGUCAGGACAAAAAGAAAUGUAGAUGUAAUAAAUGAAAAAUAUUUCAUGAAAAAAAUGUUUGAAGCCUAUGGAGAUGGUACAAGUGUAACAAUGGAAGGUUUUGAGAAGUUGUUAAAGAAAUUAGGAUUAUUAAGAUUAUUAACUGAUAUAUCAAGAUUGGAAAAUCAUAAUACUGUUACUAGUCAGCAUGAAAAUCCAUUGGGUAAGAAAGUUAUUGCAAGUAUUUGCUUAAGUAGUAAAGAAUUGUUAAGUACUGUUGCAAGAGAUAUGCCAUACAAUAUGAUUAUUAAUAAUAAUUCCACAUUACCAAGUGGGCUUUUUGAACGCGUGUGUCCAGCUCUUGUUUACCAACUAGCAGGUGAAUCAAGUUCAGAGAGAAAUGGAUGUAUUCGUGUACCAGAGAAUUAUAAGCCAAUAGCAGUUAAUAAAUAUUUAGAGGAUGAUAUGACACGCAAUAUGGUUCAAGUGUGGGCCUAUUCAACAAUCAGUAUUGUAAUAAUCAGUCUAUGUGGUUUACUUGGUGUAGCUGUUAUACCUUGCAUGGGUAAAAUUUAUUACCACCAACUAUUACAAUUUCUAGUGGCUCUUGCUGUAGGAACAUUAUGUGGAGAUGCUCUUAUUCAUCUUUUACCACAUGCCAUGAUGCCGCAUGAUCACAAUCACGAUCAUACUUAUCAUGAUGAUGAUGAUCAUGCAGAAGCAGAUCAUAAAGAACAACAUAACACGAAUAUGUGGAAAGGGUUAGUUGCAAUGAUGGGUCUUGCGCUAUUUUUUUUUACGGAGAAAGCUCUAACGAUGUUAGCGGAAUGGAGAAAACUUCGACAACGCCGUAAUAAACUGCCCCCGCGUGUUAGAGUAAUGAGAGAAACUGAUGGACCAAACAGUAAUGUUGUUGGAGAGAAACUUUGCAAGCAUAAAUAUUCAUCAUAUCCAUAUUGUUAUGGUGAAAUUAGCUCAGAUGUUCAAGAUAUUCAUCACAAUCGUCAACAUAAUAAUCACGAACGGCCUCCUGUGAUUGAAGAAGAAAAGCCUUUGACGUCAAAUUGUAAUUCAGUUUCAAAAAUAAUGACGAAUGAUGUAGAAAAGAAGCCAGAAGACUGGAGAUUAGAGGAUUCAAUUGUAAAUACUAAGAAAAAUACGGAUGGUGCAGAUAUACCAUUAAACGAAUCAGAAAGUUAUACAGUUAUUAUACGUGAACAUGAAACGAAACACCAUGGUCAUACUCAUUCACAUGGUCAUGUUCAUUCUGCACCAGAAUCUAUGUCAAGUGUUGCUUGGAUGGUAGUAAUGGGUGAUGGUUUGCAUAACUUUACAGAUGGUAUGGCUAUAGGUGCUGCUUUUUCAGCGAAUUUAGCGGGUGGCUUUUCCACAGCAAUAGCUGUAUUUUGCCACGAAUUACCUCAUGAAAUAGGAGAUUUCGCAGUCUUAUUAAAAGCCGGUAUGAGCGCUAAACAGGCUGUUUUUUAUAAUCUGUUAUCUUCCGUACUUUGUUUGUUCGGUAUGAUCUUUGGUGUAUUAUUAGGGAGUACUCCUGCUGUGAGUAGUUGGAUGUUUGCAGCUGCUGCAGGAAUGUUUAUAUAUAUAGCAUUAGUAGAUAUGAUUCCAGAGUUAUCUUCGAGUCACUCUGUAGAACGUAGUUCUCAAUGGCAAUGUAUUUUACAAGCACUAGGGCUAUCGUGUGGCCUUGGAAUAAUGUUAAUUAUAGCGCUCUAUGAGCACGACCUUAAGAAUAUAUUCAGUGAUUAAAUUUACAAAGACUGAAAACUUUUUGAAUGAUGGUAAGCUUGCAGUACUUCCUAUAAACCUAUAGCUACAGUCAACAUUUGAGUCAAUAAAACUUUGACUGUACAUUCUUACCGAAACAAUAUUUACUGUUACUAUAAUAUGAACAAUUUGCUUUUCCUUCACACAUUUAGCAUAAGAUUUCUUGUUCACAGCAACAUAGUCUGUUGUUAAAAACUUAAGAAGGUACUACAAUUGAGAAAAUGUUAAAUGUCUUACAAUAUGAAGAGUAUUCCGUG